UCACAACCCAGCGCCAUGACACAGAACGCAUGCGCAGAUGAAGGGUCAGCAAAUCCAAGAUGGCGGACGAGCGAGCGUUUGGGGGCAUUCUGUGUUGGAAAGUCCUUUACAACUAAAUUUCUGCUUCUUCGACUGUUUAACCAUGGAAAGGUAAUGUGUUCCAAGAAGAUGGAAGUCAGUCGAGAUGAGGCAAAGCGCAUUCUUAGGAGACUUGAGCUUGAAGCUUACUCCUCUAUAGUAAGUGUGUUCCGGGCACAAGGGGAUCUUAGCAGAGACAAGAAGAAGAUAUUGACUGAUUUGGGAUUGCAACUUAGCAUUUCAACUGAACGCCAUAGAGCUGAGAUAAGAAGAGCUUAUAGCGAUGAUAGACUAGGAGCCGUAGCUGACUGUAUUUAUGGGCCCAGUACGUGUGCUGAGUGGGCCGCUGAGGGGCGUAGGCUUGUGCCUCUCAUGCCACGCCUUGUACCACAAACUGUCCUUACUGCUACAGCAAUGGCAGCAGCUAACUCUGCUGCUGCUCUCAAUGCCAAGGUUCUACCAGCAACCUCUCAAGCAGCAAGUUCUGUUAGUGUUUCUAAUGGUCUUGCUGGACCAAGCACCAGUGUUUCCCCUGGUGCAGCCAAAGCAAUGGCGCUCAAGCUUCCAACUAACCCACCCGACUCCCAAAUGGAUGGAGAUACAGAGGGAGAGGAGAGUAAGGCCCGGAAAAGGCGGCGUCUCAGUCAAACCCUACCUAAUGCCAAGCCAGUCCAGAAAAUUAUUGUGACAACGGCAACACCAACCCUUAACAAACCAAACAUGAAAACAACCGGAACUUCUGUGAGUACCAUGACCAAAGGGAACAAGCCAGGAACUGGUGUCAUCAUGAGACCCCCACCUAAGGUGUCGCUGCCUGCGUCGGCAUCACAAGUCAAGCUUCUGACCAAGACUGUCGCUAUCUCGCAAACAGUGUGCCAAUCAAAAAGCAUGCUCAACUACAAGACUGUGUCUGCGACAAGCCCUGCUGCCGUCAAGGUGCAAACGGUCAUGAGUAACACUGCACCCAAAACCCAGGGAAAGGUGGGCAUUACACCAGGUCCAUCCCAAACAAAGACAUUCAUGGUUCCUAAAACUCAUGUAUCAACCAGCCCUGGUAAACCUGCAGUAGGGCUGACGCUACCCAAGACUGGCAUUACCACUGCACAACUAUUAGCCAAACAGAGAGGCAAGCAAGCAGCCCGUUUCAAGCCCCUCCCAGGAACUGUCAAAUUCAAGUCUGUCACACCAGUUACCAUGGGAACAGCAUCUACUGUUACUAUGGUUUCUCCUAGUCCUGGACCCCAUGUCACUCCAGUGACAACACCAUCUGCGGCGGCACCAGUCAGUAGCAACCAGCCGGUGGUAAAGAUCAUUCAGGUCCCUGGGUCUGCUGGUCUCUCCAUCUCCAAACCAGUGGUUGUGAUGACUGCCGGACCAAGCAAGCCUUCAGUACCUGGUGUGCUAUCUACCAAUGUCACAUCUAAGUUUGGUCAGCCUGUGGUUCAGCCAGGGGUUUCUCUAAAAGUGGCUUCCAGCUUGACACCAGCAACAACUGCUGUACCUCCUCUUAUUGCCCUGGCUACACAACCAACCAAGCCUGCUGCAACAGCGCCGCAGCUACCAUCCACAGCACUCAAGACAGUUGUUGUGACAACUGCAGUUGUUGAAGGGAGCAAGAAGGUUGUUCUCACAGUGCCAGCCCCUGUGCUACCAUUGCAAGGGAAACCUGCUGGUGGCGCACAGCUGCCUAGUGAGCCUAUAUGUCAAGGUCUAAGUAAAGUUGUCGUAACAUUAGCAGCUUCUUCCCCUACCAAGAUCCUGCCAGGCAAGUCCGAGACAGCACCUGUUGGUGCCAAGAAGGUGUAUCCACCUCUGGAAUGCACUGAGCCUAGCUCAGUACUUCAAGCUUCUAUAACACCUAAACCAGCAACUGCUCCUACUACUACCACACAAGUGAGGUCCCGGCCACUGCCGACAAUCCUUCCUGCCCCACCAAAGCACACUUCAAACCCACCUCUUACAACUAUUACUACAGGAGGAACUCGUAGACUCACACAGAUCCUUCCAGCUCCGUCUAAAGUCACCCUGCCAGCCUCAACUGUUGUGCUGCCAGUUAAAACUUUGUCAUCGCCAGUUGUGACAACAGCAGUUGCUUCAGCUGCCUCAUUGAAGCCUUCCAAGCCCAUUGUGGUGACAACAGCAGUAGCAGCUCUUCCAACGCCUGAGACAUCUGUGGCGGUGUCUAUUCCAAAUGCAGCUCCUCUGCUUAUGCCACAGCCCAGUAAAGAUGUACAUCUGGUAAAAGAAACAGUAAAAGAGGUGAAGGGCAAAUCACUUGAAGAUGUGGCUAGAAGUGCAGUGCAAACACAGGUUGAAAGCCAAGGAUCAAAAGCACAAAGUUCCACAGAGAAAAGAGGGGAGAAGACACUGUCAAAAGUGGGUAACAUAGACGCAGUGUUAUCUGAAGAAGAUGGCAUAGAUUUGAUGUGCUCAGAAACACUUGAUACCCCAAUCACACAAAAUCAAUCACCCCCCUUUCAGGAAGACCUCUUGAUCAGUACAAAGCCUCCUUUUGAGCCAACUGCCUCUGUUGUUUCUACCACUGGUAGUAGGGUUUUGAAUCAGAGGAGUGCCGCACAUGGGGAAGACACCAAAGCAUUUGCUAACCCAUUAAAUCACAACAAGAAUCAUUCCCCAAAGGUUAUAGUGCAAACACUUUGUGACUCAGAAUCUUCCAAACACCCUUUAGCACAAUGUUCAGCAGACAGCCUUCAAAAUUCUGAUGAAGAGACUUUCAAGGAUAAUAAAGAUUUAAAUGAAGGAUCUAAAUUGGAAGAAAACAUUGGCAUCUCGGGAGAAAUAAAGAAUGAUUUAACUGAGGAUACAGAUAAUGCUCCAGACCUCUCAGUUGUAAGUUCAUUUUUGCAAUCCUUUGGCACGGAACAAUUUCAAAAGGUUACAACACCUGAAACAGAAAAACAAGGUAAUAACCCAAAUAUCAGCACAUUUGGAUUCCAUAACUUAUUUGAGGAGAAUGAUGCAGCUGUAAAGGAUGAUAACAUUCUGGAGAUGAACAGAGAGUCACAAGAAAGUCUGGAGUCACAGGAAAGUCUAAGGAUAACCAGCUCAAGUAGUUCUGAGCUGGGAGAUAUACCCUUUGCACUAGAUCCAAACACCUCUAGCAGUGAACACAGCUUAGAAGCUUCUCAAGAACUUCAUACACAAGCGGCAGAUACUUUGGAAGUCAAUGUUGCAGAUGAUGAGUUGACUGAGAGGGAGCGGCUUGCCCUUGAGGCGAUAGCCAAUGUCAGGACAAGUGGAAGAAAGCGGAAGGCGCCCAUGCCACUAAAUGUUUCGCCACCCAGACAGAGCUCUGGUUGGGUGCGGGGGGCGUUAAGUCUCCUACAGAAGGUGUGUGGAUACCGGGGCAUUGGCAGGAGAAAAGGAGAUGUUAGUGCAGCAUCAUGGUUCCUCAGACCAGUUGACCCCAAUGAUGCGCCAGGGUACUACAAAGUUAUACGGACACCAAUGGACUUUGGGACCGUCAAGCACAAGCUAGAGUCGGGCAUGUAUGACGACUAUAGUGCUUUCCAUGAUGAUAUGAUGCUGGUGAAGAACAACUGUUUCUGCUACAACCCUCAAGGACAUGAUGUCAGAAACGACUGUGAUGAGGUGUUCAGAUUUUAUGAGAUUGAGUAUGCCAAGAUGUUGGAGAGAUGGGAAAAGUGCCAUGUAUCACCAGCCAAGAAGCCACGCCCACUAACCAAGCAACAAGAUAUUGCUGGCACGAGCUUGUAGAAGCAACCCCUGUACAUACUCACAGUAAUGUAGAAUAUAAGUUAAAUGUACUACACAAAGUUUUCAAAUGAGGCCAUUCAAUAAUGGCUCAAAAUGAAGGCCAGUGGAGCCUCCAUAUAAGAGACUCCUGUUGUGUGGAAAACCUUUUUAUAACAAACAGAAACUUAGUAUACUUUAUACAAACUCUUUAAAUAAAACAUCCAUUGAGCUGUAACCUACAUAAAACAAACAAAUUUUUCAGCCUGAGGGUGCCCUUUAUAUCAACACAAGUACUAAAGUGCAAGAUAUCAACAAUGUUCAUUUUCCUUGUGCUCAUGCUUGGGUCUGGUUGUUCAAAGUGUAAACGAAACACAAUGAAGAUAAAACAACGCAGUGAUUGGUUAUUUAUGUCAGGUGACCAUGACUGAUCAUUCAGAUUAUUCCGCCCUCAAGCCUUGUCGUCUUUCAAGAUGGCAAUUAAGCAUUAGGAGAGGUUUAGUGAGGUAGUUCACUUAUUAGCAACUCUUUUCAAUUAGAAACAAACCCAUUAAAAAAGCCCUUGUGUUUUUGCUUGCAUCUGUGCUUGCGUCACUAGUGAAAACCAGGCUUGGAGAGAAAAAUAUGGGAAGAUUUUGAAUGAGUCUGAAAGGGUGGUCUUUGUGUGAGUUGUAUGUACUUCAGAGUUUUGAGCAUGUAGGAAGGUAGAGCAAUUUACCUUUAUAUGUAUCUGUCAUCUGGUAAUUUUUUUUUUGUUUCUAAGAAGAAAAAAAACUUCAAAUUUUACUCUUUAAUCAUGGAGGAUAAAUGCUGUAGCGAUAACAAAACUUUUAUUUUUCAUAAAUGUUGGUUUGUGAAAAAAAUUGUUAGGAGCAUUUAGCGAGUCUUUUGGUGUGUAGAUUGGAGAAAAAAAGAAUUAAGCUUUCUGUUUGUCAUUAGAUGGCAAGCACACUUCAGAAAUGUGACAUUUUUCUGUAUCUACAACCCAACAUCAUAUACAACAAAUCCAUCAAAAUUAUAUAUUUUAAUAUUGUAAAUUUACUACAAUAUCUGACUAAGAAAACAUAAUUUUGUUAACAGGUAUUGCAGAACUAUGUAAUAUAUGCAUCAUAUAUAUAUCUUCAGUUUUUUUUAGAUAUAUCAAGCUGUGAACUAUUUUUAAUUAAAACUAAUAUUGUAGAUAUUAAUAUUUGUUUCUUGGAAUUAGUGUUUAAGUUCCAGUCAUUUUGUUUGUCAGUGAAUGAUGAAAACAUUUUUUUGGCUAAAGUUCUUCAUUUCACAAAAAAGCUACAAGGCCACCUUUUUAUUUUUUUUUUGUUUUGCAACUUUGUAUUAUGUUUUUUAAUGGUAAAUCCAAAAGAUAAUAAAUAUAAUUUUAUUUUGCUGAUUUGCGAAAAACUAAGUUUGUCAGAUCUUUUUAACAAAAAGAGAAAAGGGUGGUCUUAUAAGGCUGAAUUCAGAGUGUAAGUAGUGUACAUAUACUUCUCUGGAGACACUGUAAACGUGGUAGUUUUGAUUACUUUUGUACUUGAUGGAAUUGCAUAAAGAUGACUCGAAUUGAAUGUGGUA